AUGGCGUCGUCACAACUGUUGAGGAAAAUGCCGGAAUUUUUUAUAGCUCGUUUUCCAUUUUUCAAUGCUAUUAGCUUACUCCUUUUACUUGCAGAGCGUGCACAAAACGAAAGCUAUCCACCAAUUCCUCCCAAAGUGAUCUACACACACAUUGGUAUAUUUGUGGCUUGUGGAUUUCUGCUUUCCUUUAGAUAUAAAUGUAAGGAAGUGUCCCUUGUGUAUUGUGGACAAAUACUUUACCUGGUGUACAUCAUGUUUACAAACCCACAGGUUGGCUACACCCAGUGGCAAAAGAUAAGAAUAGCAUCUCGUCACAUUGGUUGUGUAGGAAUGUUCCUUCUAUUUUCAUCCCUCUUUGAAAACUUACCAUCAAAACAACUACAGAAGCUAGGAGAAACAGUUGUUGGCAUAUUCCUCAUGGCUUAUGUGUACAUCCUCAACAACAGCACGGAGGAUAGACGAGCCUUCCUCUCACAUAUUCCAGGGGGGGACUGGACUAGGUAUUUUAUCACACUGGCUCUGGCUGCUGGUGCCAUUAGUUUUUUCUCUGGUCAUUUCCUGAGAGACAUGUCCAUAACAGUGAUAUGUGUGUUUGGAAUUUUGACAAUCUUUGUGGACUGCGACAUCAAUUUUUGGGUGGAAACAAAGGGCAUGUUAUUCUGGAAUCAAGUGAGACUGAUCAUAGACGAUCUGUGUAUUUUGCUCGGGUUUGCAAUGAUUGUGGUGCGAGUGGACAAUCGAAUUAAAAUGGAUUAAUUUGCACUGGUGUAGUUAGGUUUUAAUUAAAUAUAUUUUUAUUGUUGCCCAAGAUUGAAAUAAUCUCAUUAUUCCUUUGAAAUACAUGUACAUAUGUAUCUUUGCCUAUUGUGCCAAUUAUUGUAUUGAUCUUUACCCACCUCACAGUAAAACAGCUAUUGUAGAAUAAAGGUCACGAUCCUUCAUCA